AUGUCAAAAAAUGAUGAUAAAGGAUCGAUUUUCUCGAAACCUCAAAAUACAAAAAGUAAAAAAUACGGAGAGACUUUAUUAUUGCCAAAAACAAAUUUUCCACUUAGGGCUGAUGCUGUGAACAGAGAACAUUUGUUUCGUGAUAGAUGUACAAAGGAUUUAUAUUCUUGGCAGUUAAAGAAUAAUUCAAAUCGUUUAUUUAUCUUACAUGAUGGUCCACCUUAUGCCAAUGGGAAUUUACAUAUAGAAUUAAAAGCUUUAUCAGAAUUAAAGAAUGUAGAUAAAUCAUCCUUACCUCCCAUGCAAAUACGUUCCACUGCAAGAAAAUGCGCAUUGAGUACAAUCGAAAUCCAAAAAUCUGAAUUUAUGAGUUGGGCAAUUAUGGGUGAUUGGGAUAAUCCUUAUAAGACUCUUGACAAGGAGUAUGAAGUUAGACAGUUAAAACUUUUUCAUGAGAUGGUGAAAAAAGAUAUUUCAUCUAAUGUAGGAUAUAUAUAUAGACAAAAUAAACCUGUUUAUUGGUCUCCAUCUUCAAGAACAGCCUUAGCUGAAGCUGAAUUAGAGUAUCAGAAUGAUCAUAAAAGUCGAUCGGUUUAUGUGAAAUUUCCUCUGGUAAAGUCAUCAUUAAAUUUGCCAAAUUUUAAUGAUGCUGAUGUUUAUAUUAUGAUAUGGACGACGACUCCAUGGACACUUCCAGCAAAUCGGGCGGUUGCAAUUAAUUCACAAACAGAAUACUCGAUAGUUAGUCCUAUCUUUGAUUCGGAAUUUUCACAGCGUAAAGAUUAUUAUAUUGUAGCAAAUAAAAGGAUAGAUGCAUUGCAAAAGAUCAUUGGAUCAGAAUUGAGCAUUAAAGCUACUUUUGAGG